CUCCUUUUCUAGUCAAGUGGAGCUACAAGUACCUCGGAUGCGAAAUCGAUCCGGGCAAAAGCAGCGGUUCUAUUAGAAGAGGGAUCACCCCAAGGGGAGAGUUUGAACGCGCAUAGUUUCUACCAUACUUAGCAAUCCAUGGUGCGUUACCGUUGUCCUACUUUACCGAAUCCGCAACUCGGAUACGCACUCGAGUACUUGUACCCGAGCACCGGUACAAACUAUUACUCGAGUAUCUUGGACCACCGUCUAUUGUACUAUCCAUCUCUUGCGGUAUCGAGGACCCAAUAGUCUCGCGCGGCAGAGAUUACCGGUAUCAUCUCCUAUUUUGAGCUGGAGAAAAGGCUGGGGCGCAAAAAAUCUAUGAAACAGGCGAUGCUCCAUUAUGACGUGACCCCCUUCUGCAAGACCUUUCCGGAUAAGGCUUCCACCUAUAAGCACCCUCUUUCCACUCCCAAAUUCAGACUCCCUCCCUUGGGAUUUUUUUUAAAAAAAGGGCGCAACAGCCUGGACUUCUUGCCAAUUUCCUCUCUCUUUAGUGUUAGGUGAGAUGUCCGGCGACGAUCCUCUUCUCGCUCAGUAUCUUACAAAUCGCUGUUCCAGGCAGGUACCAAGCCCUCUCGUGGACUCCUCCGAAAUAUCGUUAUCAGAGGCACUCGUACGGCUUCUACCGAAACCAAAACAGCAAGGGCCCAUUCACGAUGAAUCAAGAAAGCCUCACACCACGACAAACCGACCCUUAGAAGCUUCGCGUUCCCAUCGAUUGCCGCCAUAUUCUACCACAAGCUUAGCGAUCGAUAGAUUCUUCGCGUGUCAAUCCACCCUGCAACAUCUAUAUUUUGCGGAGGAAGUUGAAACGAGGAAUAUGUUGAAGGAAGUCUAUACCAAUGAGUGCCAACUAUUGACCCUGUGUGAGCUCUCCGCUACCGCCGCUGUAGGGUGCUUGUGGGCAGAUAACAUCCCAAAGGAGGCGCGCACAGCAUUUUUUGAUACGGUUAAGACUCAUCUGGACCAAUGCUUGGAGAAGGACGAAUUGAGAGAGAUGAAGAUACUCGCUCUAGCGACGUUAUAUUCAAUGUCAGAAAAGAAGGUGUCGAGCUGGGGAUAUGUUUGUAUGCUUUCCAGGGAACUUCUCUCUUCAUGAUUGCAGAUUAACACCGGCCGCAGGUAAGGGAUUACAGAUCGCCCAUUCCAGAGACCUCCAACUCGACAAAAUGCCAAGUUAUAUGACCGAGGCGGAUUGGGUUGGAUAUCGAAGGUUAUGGCGGACAUUAUUGUUUUUUGAGAGGUCAAAUUAAUCCCGCUUAAUCUUUAGUCUCCGUGCUUAUAUCAGCAGCUUCCUGGCCAUGUCCCUUGGCCGCAUCCCCAUUUGGAGUGCAACCUACGACACCAUCGAACUUGCAGAAUCGGUUCAGACCCCCGUGCCUAUAGACCCCCAUUGGCUACUGCUCACGGAUACAUAGGAAAGGAGUUACGACAUCCGAAAUUCAUCACAAAGAAAUUCCCUGCAGACAGAGAUUGUGAAUAUCGGGCUAUUGGCCAGCAGGAUCCUCAAAAGCGUCUUUGCCUCACCCGCCAUUAACCUACAACUUGUGUGCGAUCACAUGGCGAAGCUGAAGUUACGAUACGACAAUCUACCAGAGUCCAUGAAACCAGGAAAAUCAGAAUUGGCUCCUGGAGAGUAUCUGGCCGACACGUCACAGUUCACCCUUCAUAUGGUGUAUCUAGGGACCGUGAUACUCCUCACCCGGAGGGUGCUGGUAGAACUAGCAAGUGGAGCCGGAGGCGGCUCGUUCGAAGGAAGUAGCGGGGAAGCACUGGGGCUCGCACAAACAUGCCUAUCCGCAGGGAGGCAAACCUCGGAACUAUUAGGGAAUCUGUAUUCACAUAAAGACCUUUUCAAAAACUGCUGGGUGACCAUGUGAGAAAACCAUUCCACCCACACCCCUUUGAAACAAGCAAAAGGGAAAUGACCCAAAAGUAUGAAAACAAAAGCAAAUAGCUAUGAUAACAUCUAAUGAAAAGCGGUGAGUUGAAAUAGAUACUCGUCGUUCAACGCUAGCCUCAUCCUACUCUUUUACACUGCCCAAAGGAGGACGCUCGAGCAGCCUUAUCCACAAUAUCGGGAAGAUCUGGAUGCGGCCGCGCGAUGUACCCGCAUAGUGGAAUACUGCGCGGAGCACGACGACCUAGCAAACUGUUACCUCGGACUGCUGAAGCCCUUCAGACAAGCGGCCGGGGAUGGCAUCGAUACGACAUCCUACCGCACAUCUUCGGACUCGAAUGAGUCUCCCGAAACCAGCGACCCGUCUUCGGAAGAUAGCAGUACAUCCUCAGAGUCCUCGGGGGAUGCAGAAAUCGGCGCGUCGGCAAACCUGCCAUUCCCGCCACCGCAUCUCCACCCGCCCGCAACACCACCGCGAAGACCGCCGCCCAUCCCCAGUACCAAGCGGCUUGAAACCUGGCUGCGGGGAUCGCCGCGGAAAUGGGCCUCGGGCGACCCUCCCCGCCAGUACGCAAGUCAGCGCCAUAAUUGCCCUUCUCCCCCUCCGAGGAACGCUUUGUCAACGAAAAAGCGACCUUGCAGCGUUCAGUCCGAGGAGCCAUGCAAGAGACCUAAACUGUCACAACAGCAGUUGGAGGAUCUUCUUAGGAGGGUUACUUGAAAUGAUCGCCGCGAUAUCUCUAUUUCCUAUUUCCUACUUCUCUCCCUCCCAUUCCUUCCAUUCUAAUCCUCUAAUUUUUUCAAAUUUUUUUCAAUUUUCCACUCCUUUUCCACUCCUUCUUUCUCGCCCUUCAUUUCUCGAUUUAUCCCCCCCCUCCUGGACUCGAAAUUACACCCUUGUAAUUUGACAUGUAUUUAGAGAUAUCAUACGAUUUCUAUUC